AUGACGGAUGCGCUGGCACUUUGCGAGCCAUCCUCAGGUGACGGAAUAAUUUCAAUCGACAUCGACGAAGAUGCUAUAGCUGUGGCGAACGUGCUGCAGCAGGAUUCUCAGCAUGCGGAGUUUUACGAACUGCUGAAGGAGUUUCAGCGAAAGGCCGCGCACGCUCUAAAGGGUGCGAAUGCGCCGGUCUGCAUCGACGUCCGUUUGGGCGGCCAAGUGACCGACCUGCCGGAGGUCUUGGCACCAGGUGGAGCCUCCGUGCCUUCCAUGCCCUCCCUGCCCUCCAUGCCCUCCGACACUGGCUCUGGCUACUACUCCAACAAUGGUAACUGGAGCGAUGCCUUGCCUCCCUCUUUCGCGGCCGAGCGCAUUGUCAACGCUAAAGACGUCCGUUUCUCGCAGAAGUCUAUGAAGCGGCGAUUCCAGGACGGACGCAGCCUGGAGGAGCUGAUCCAGGGCCUCAUGAGGGGUACUUACAACCCCAUGACGGAUGAGUUUCUGAAGCUGACCGUUGUGGAAAAAUCCGAUGCCCAGGGGAACCCUGCUCUGUACUCGAAGGACAAUCGGCGGCUCUAUUGCCUCCACGAAUAUCAAAGGCGCAUAUGUGCCGAAAGGGUGCCCGUCCGGGUUCGUAUCCUCGCAUGGCAAGACGUGGUCGAUGCCUGCAAGUUUCAGAGGAACUACGACACUGAGCAGGACGGGAAUGAUAUUACGCUUCGAAACUGA